GAGGUCUUUGUAAAGUCAGUAGAAUUUUUUAUUUCUUUUGAUAUUGGUUUUACAAUUCUUGUCAAUUAGCAUGAUGUGUUUCCAUGGCUUCAUGCUUUAUACGAAAUUUUACAUACUCAGAUCUUGGCUCAUCAUUCUGGGGAAUGACUUUGAUACUUGCAUCAACAAAUCUCCUCACUGCGAGAAUUGCUGCUGGUUGUUUAAUUGUUGCUCUAUUUGUGGUGCUUUGUAUUGCUAAAAACGUAAGAUUGUUAUUUCAUAUAUUUCAGUAUUGAGAAAUGCAAACAUUAUUGCAUAUUGUCUUCAUCAGUUACUAUGAAGUGAGCACUUAUUAAUUUUUCCUUUUAAUCUUGUUCAUUAUAUAGUGGACACUCCAUGGACUUUGUAUCGGUAAGAAACUUUAUUGAGUUGUUUAAAAGUACUGUCAAUUUUAUAUAUUCAAAUACUUCCUUACCAUUUUCUGAUGCUUACUGGUUGACUCUAUCAGGAUUCAUCAUUUUCCUUGCUUUAAUUUGGGUUCUGCAAGAAAUGACAACAGUCCGUAUUCUCCGUUACGUUAUUCUCUUUAUAGGUGUGAUGAACAACUUGUUUUCAGUAUAUGAUAUCUAUGAUGAUUUAAUAUCUCGAAGAGUCAACUCCAGUGAUGCUGAGAAGUUUGCUGAAAUUUGUCCUUGUUGCAAUGGAGUUGGAUGGGGAGUCAUAUGGGGAAUGGUAUCAUUUACAUUUCUUUGUGGAUCAAUGUAUUUGGGACUUGUCAUCUUAUCAUGAGGAUUAGAGUCUUGGGUCCAAACUCAUCUUGGGGUUGCAGAGAACUCAUAUAUCUGUGUUUCAUUCCAAAUUUUGUAGCCUGAUUCAAUUGAUACUAAAAAAUAUUUAUGCCUUCAUUCUUUUAACCCUUUUUAUUGAGGGUUACAUGUGAUUAUUUUCAUAAUUUUUUAUAGGAGCUUUUUAUUUUACUCAUAUAUAUAUCUAUUCUUGUAGAGGCUGGAGAGUGAUUUAAACAAUUGACAUGAACUGCUUAAUCCAAUGUGUAUUCAUAUA